GAACUUUGAAUAGUUCUUAGAAAUCCUCACAUUUAUAAUGUCCAAAAUUGACAAAGGAAAGAUAAGCUUUAUUUUGAGACAUAAACAUGAUGAUGAUUCGCCGCCAUUUGUAAUUGAUGCUAAAGACAGUAUCGAUCCAAGUUAUACAAAUUUAGUUUUACCAUAUCGAGUAAUAUGCCGGCAAAGAUAUCACCUAGCAGGCGUCAAACAAAGAGCCCAAUUUAUAAAAGAAAUUAAACAACAUGAACUUCUGCAAUCGAAAGCUUUGGACGGCGUCAGAAUUCACAGGGAGUUUUGCAACCCAAUUUUAUCCAAGCCUAAUCCGAAUGAAUUGAUUAAACUCACUAGAAAACAGAAAAUGAAACUCGAAGAAAUCUUGUCGACAAAAUAUUGAAGCAAGAUUAUCAUUAUAAACUUUGUUACAUCAGUUUUAUUCAAAUAAAAAAAUUUAUA